UUUAAUGGGCAUAGCUCCCUAUAUUAGUUGUGUGAACACGAUGUUUGGAAUCUGGUACUAUUGGACAUUAUUCAACAAUAGAGACCACGAAAUAGAUGUGGAAAAAGAACUGUAUUCUGUAUAGAGUACAGAGACUUUUGUACAUUGAAUUAGUUAACUAUGAUCCCGCGUUUUUUCAGGCAUCCGCAACUUUAAAGCUCUAGAUUUCAUUUUAGAAGUGGGUGAAAGUGUCCCGUUCUGCUUAGGGGAACAGGAACAGAUUUGACAGGACAAAUGGCUUUACCAGGACCAAUUCAUUCUCCAAUUCACGUGAGAGCUUUGAGUGGCAUCAGAUCCAUCUCAUCAAUUCAAUUGUUCCUGAAUGGUCCUGGCGGCUUCCUCUCAUCAACUGUUUUCUCAACAAGGAUCCAUAUGUAUAUAUAUGUCUGUCCAAAACAGGAGUACCAACUACUUUAGAUAUUUAGCUUCUUUUCCAGUUUUAGUAGCAGCUUUUGGUAUUUGUAUACAGGACAACAAAAUGCUUGGAUGGGAUUCAUAGCAGUUUUUAAAGCCUCUCACAAGAAUGUAUACUAGUUGGACAGCCCUUUUAUCAUUGGGUUUUCUGUCUAUUGUGCUUUUUCCUGAGAGGGGAUGUCUCUGCCUGGCACAAAAUGGUACUAGACCUGCAACUGUGAACGUGGGUGCUCUUGUGGCCUACGAUACCACAAUUGGAAGAGUGGCCAAGAAGGCCAUUGAGUUGGCAGUGGAAGAUGUUAAUAAGGAUGGGACUGUGCUCAAUGGAACAAAACUUGUGCUCACCAUGAUGGACACCAAUUGCACUGCUUUCAUAGGGACUUCUGCAGCUUUGGAGUUGAUGAAAACAAACAACGUUGCAAUAGUAGGGCCACAAUCUUCUGUUAUUGCUCAUAUUGUUUCACAUGUAGCCAGUGAACUUCAUGUACCAAUUCUCUCAUUUGGAGCGACAGACCCAACUCUCUCAUCAUAUCAGUAUCCUUAUUUUUUUCGUAUGGCACACGAUGAUACGUAUGGAAUGAUGGCAAUCGCAGCUGUGAUUGGCUUUUAUGGCUGGAAAGAUGUUGUGAUUGCAUAUAUUGAUGAUGAUUAUGGGAGAAAUGGAAUAGCUGCUUUGAAUGAUGCACUAGAAGAUGUAAGAGCUAGAAUUGUUAACAAAAUAGCAUUUCCUCCUGGAGUUGAUAAAAGUGAAAUUGGAAGUGCAUUGGUGCAGUUAGCUUUGAUGGAGUCAAGGGUAUUUGUUGUGCAUAUGAAUCCCGAUACAGGUCUUGAUCUUUUUGAUGAGGCAUAUUACCUUGGAAUGUUGAACAGUACCUAUGUCUGGAUAGCCACAGAUUGGCUCUCUUCCAUUUUGGACUCUUAUGGACUUGAUUAUGAAACUAUGAACACACUCCAAGGAAUCCUUGCUAUACGUAGGCAUGUUCCGAUUUCAGAUCAGGAGCAUGCUUUUACAGUAAGGUGGAACAAACUGUACAAAGAUAGGAUCAUUGAUUUCCGCUUGAAUGCAUUUGGACUAUAUGCUUAUGAUGCGAUCUGGACAAUUGCCCGUUCAAUUGACACUUUCUUGAGUGGAGGAAGAAAUGUUUCUUUUGCAAGUUAUCCUUGGAUCUCCAAUAGCAGUGGAAGCAAAACAGAACUAGCAAAGUUAAAGGUUUUCACAGGAGGUCCACAACUGCGGAAUAUGUUGCUGCAAACUAAUUUCACUGGAUUAACAGGUCCUGUGAAAUUCGAUAAAACUGGAAAUUUGGUUGGUACUACUUUUCAGAUCAUCAAUAUAAUUGGAACAGGAUUUCGCAAGGUAAGUUAUUGGGCAAAUGAAUCAGGCUUGUCAGUUGUUCCUCCAGACAUUAGAUUUGGCAACUCACACAACCGGCAGACUGCGGGUCAGAAAAUGGUUGAGGUAGUAUGGCCAGGUCAAAAUAAACUAAUACCACGUGGGUGGGUAUUUCCUAAUAAUGGCAAGCACCUUUUGAUUGCCGUGCCCAAUAAGACUGGAUUUGGAGAGCUUGUGCAUACAGUGGAAGGUAACAACAACAUGAUGAAGGGUUUUGUUAUUGACGUGUUCCUUGCUGCAGUGGCCUUGUUACCUUAUGCCUUUCCAUACCAGUUUGAACCUUUUGGAGAUGGGAAAACAAACCCCAAUUAUGAUCAAAUGGUGCAGCAAGUUGCCUCAAAGAAAUUUGAUGCAGCAGUUGGGGACAUCUUAAUUGUGACCAAUCGGUCGAAGAUUGUGGACUUUACUCAACCUUACGUAGAAGCAGGGCUAUCUGUGGUGACUCCUCUCCGGGAGGUCAAUCGUAGUGGCACAUGGGCAUUUCUGCAGCCAUUCACAAUAGAAAUGUGGUGUACAACUGCUGCUUUCUUUCUUGUCAUAGGAGCUGUUGUAUGGAUUUUGGAGCAUAAAUCAAACCCUGAAUUUCGAGGACGUCCAAAGAAGCAAGCCCUUACCAUUCUUUGGUUCAGCUUCUCAACAAUGUUUUUCGCUCACAGAGAAAAUGUUAUGAGCAACCUGGGGCGAGCAGUGCUUUUAAUAUGGUUAUUUGUUGUUUUGAUCAUUAAUUCCAGUUAUACUGCAAGCCUGACCUCAAUUCUCACAGUACAACAGCUUUCACCAACAGUAAAUGGAUUUGCCAGUUUAAUUGAAAGCAACGAACCAAUUGGAUAUCAAGAAGGAACCUAUGUUAAAAGAUAUCUAAUGGAUGAGUUUAAUAUAGAUGAAUCCAGACUUGUUCCUUUUAAUUCUACAGAAAGCUAUGCUAAAGCAUUGACAAAAGGACCAGGCAAACCAGGAGGCGUAGCAGCAAUUAUUGAUUCAUCGCCAAUUAUCCAGCUCUUUCUCUCAACGCAAUGCGGUUUCACAACUCUUGGCUCAGAAAUUAGCAAAGGAGGAUGGGGAUUUGCUUUCCAAAAGGAUUCCCAAUUAGCAAUUGAUAUGUCAACUGCAAUUCUGACCCUUUCAGAAAGUGGUGAGCUUCAGAGGAUUCAUGAUAAAUGGUUUAGUAGAAAUCGUUGUGGUACACAGGCCACAGAAGUUGAUUCUACUCGGCUUCAACUGAAAAGUUUUUGGGGUCUUUUUUUGAUCAGUGGAGUGGCAUCCUUUGUAGCUCUCAUUAUCUUUUUCGUUCGUAUGUUCAUUCAGUAUUCCAGAAGCAUCAGCGACACAGUUACCAGAGAUGGCGUUUCUUCUUCAAGUUCCUUAACAUCAAGACUGAAAUCAUUCGUUGAUUUUAUAGAUAAGAAAGAGAUUUAUCAAGGUAAAGAAGAUUCAACAAGCAUGACUCCAAGAAGUCAACCGAGUCUUACCCCAAGAAAUCAACGAGAAGCUUGGCUUGAGUCUGAAUAUACUUCUAAUAGUCAAUCGAUUUCAGCUGGCCAAAAUGUAAUGUAGCAUUGUUUUCUCUCGUGUCCUGUUCAUCUAACAAUGGCUCAAAUGAUAUUCUGAUGGCAAAUAUGACAAGGGAGAUAUCAGCUAGCAAAGGCUGCUUGUUACAAAAUGAUUUUGUUAAAAAGUUUUUUGAGAUGAAGGACUAUAGCUGCUCAGUUGGUAUCAAUUUACACAAGCACAUUAAUCAGGAUUAAGUCUUGUUUGAUGAAGUAAAAAGAGAAUUGUCAUUUAAUUUAGCUGCUAUCUUUAUUGGUUCCAGUUUGGAAAUU